AUGAAAAUUGUUGAUGGCUUGAAAGACUCAAAAACAGGGAAAGGCAGAUUUGAGAGGCUGUACAUCUGUUUUGCUGGAGUGAAGCAUGGUUUCCUAGCUGGAUGUAAGCAAUUUAUUGGAGUAGAUGACACUUUUUUGAAAGGAUUAGUAGGAGGAGUUUUGCUAGCAGCUGUUGGAGUUGAUGCCAAUAAUGGCAUUUUUCCAAUUGCAUAUGCUACAGCAAAGGAUUUUGUGUGUUCAUCUGCUGGUUUCAAAGGAGAAAGUUCGAGGAGAGCAUUUUGGACUAUUGCCAAAGAAACAACACCACCCCAAUUCAUUAGCAGAAUGGAAGAAAUGGCUGAAAUUGAUAAAAAUACAGAUAGAACACCUGACUGUUUUCCAUUCAAAUCAAAUGAUGAUCUUUAUGAAGUUAGCUGCCCAUAUAGUGACCAAUAUGCAGUGAACAUCAAGGAGCAAAUAUGCUCUUGCAGAAAAUGGGAACUAACAGGUAUUCCCUGUCCCCAUGCCAUUGUUGCAUUGUGGAUGGUUAAAAAGGAUCCUCUGCUAUAUGUUUUAAAAUGGUAUACAGUGAAGACAUAUAUGAAGUGCUAUGAAGGAUUAGUGUGUCCCAUGAAUGAAGAAAGUGAAUUGGGGCUUACUGAUGUUGGUGAAGGUUCUUUGCCACCCUUAUAUGGGAGAGCACCUGGAAGGCCUAAGAAGCUGAGAAGGAGAAGUGCAGAGGAGAUUCAACAAUCCAAGGAAAAAACUAAGAAGAAGAAGAGACAGCAAUGUACAAGAAGAGUUGCAACUGUAGUUUGUAAUGAUGAUUCAAACACUAAAUAUCAACAGGAUGCUGAGCCACUGGUUGAGAUUGACAUAACAUCCUUUGCUUCAGAUCAAGUGGAUUAG